AUGGCGAAUUCUAAUCCCUCCACACCCGUCAAAGUGCCCUCGUCGGCGGCAUCAUAUAGUAAUGGCGUCCUCGACCCCGACAUGCGAUCCCAGAUCAACACAAUCCUCCUCAGUGACGGACACGCUACAAAAAUCCAAGAAGCCCUAUUGCACUCUUUGCACGCCUCCCCGUCCAACUGGCCGACCACCCUGCGCAGCCACGCCCUGUCCCUCCUACGGUCGGGCGAGAUAUCCACAUACCCUGAGCUUCUCCGACGUGUUCUGUCCGAUGUGCGCGCCGAGUCAGAUGUGUCUGUCCACCCGGUGUCAAACACGAACGGCACCAACGGCGACAAGUCGAAGCAGGCAAAGGGCCCCAGUGGCGACAAGGUCAGCCUGGCGAUUCCACAAUACGUCAUAGACGAGGCGCUCCGCGUCACCCGGGAGAGUCUCGAGAAUGUCUGCGAGGUGGAUGAGAACGGCAAUGUUUGA